AUGAGUUUGACUAGAGUUGUAGGGCUUUACCCCAAAGGGAGCCCUUCCAGAAAUUCUCGAAGGCCUAAGCUGAACUUAGGCCUAAGAGGGGGUUUGGAAAUAGUUUUCAACCAGCAAUAGACGCGCCUCGGUUAGAACCUCACUAGCUGCGUCAUUGCCCCAAGCGCAAAGAUGAAGUGCUCUUUCCGCCUCCCUCUCAUUUUAUAAUC